AUGUUGGACUGGAUGAAGGGGAAUGAGCAAGGGGAGGACUCCAAGCUGUUUGAACCCCCCGAGACUCCAGCUCCUGUCUUUGCAAUUCGCGCCUUCAAGAGUGCCCUUUUUGGGACACCUGGAGCUGAUGAGGAAGAUGGAAAACACGUGUCGAAACCAACGAUAUCCCCCCAUCAACGAAGCAAGACGGGGGAAGACGCGAUGCUCAACCCCACGGGUUCUCCUACAAAAAGCAUUUUAGUCACUCCCGGGACGAUAGUUAAUCGACGCAAGACCGUAUCGUUUGGGGAGAGUGUUGUUGACAAUGAGGGAAAGCGCCCUGGCUCGGCCAGCAAGCCAGCCAGAACUCCACCAAACCCGACUGGUAACCUGAGCAUACAGUGGAUGUCCGGUUCCUCGGAUGGUAGCGGCAAACCACGGAGCAGACUUACCCAAACCCUGAUGGAUGCACGCGACAACGCGUCCAAGAACGUGGAUUCUGUCCAGUCCGAAGAGACUGGAGGCGAAGUCAAACCUGUCAGCUCUCGAACAAAAGAAAUACCAGAUGAAGACGUGACUAUCAACCUUGAGGACCCGCACUCUGAGUCGGGCAAGUAUUGGAAAACAGAAUUCGACAACUACCGCUUGAGGACCAACAAAGAGAUCAAGAAGUUGAUUCAUUACCGGUCUAUUGCCAAGUCAUAUGCUCGCAAGAAGGACUUCGAGGCCAUGCGGCUGGCCGACAAGCUCAAGGAGGAGGAAGAGAAGGUUGCAGAGAUGGAGAGGCAUGUUUCAAGACUUGCCUCUACCAUGGUUGGGGAAGGAUCCAAGGUGGACAAGGAGCAACUAAUUCAGGAUCUGACCAAGCAGACUGCUCUUGCACUACAAUACAAGCAACAAGUCACGGCUUUGCGCAGUACCUUGGAAAAGCACGACGUAGUAAGUGACGCGGCGUACAUCACAGAAAACCAGAAGGAAGAGUCAUCUUCUAAACCCCCGUCGGAUGAGCUUCGCGUUGUGCGGCAAGAGCUAAAGGAAGCCAACACCAAGAUUGAAGAAAUGCAACGCCAUCAAUCGGAGCUAAGCACGCUCCAAACUCUCGCACAAAGCUCGGAAAAGAAAGCACAGACACUCGAGCAAGAGAACAACACACUCAAACAGACUUUGGCUCGCGUCAAGCAGGAAAUGUCGCGAUACGAGGGUCGACGCAAGGACAAAGAAACAAAGCUGAAGCAGAGAGAGUCAAGACUGGAAUUACGGGUCCAGGAAUACAGGGACAGGCUGAAGACUGCCACUCAGCAGCAUCGUGAAUCAGAGGAAAACUUAAGGAAUACCUCGGAUGCAGAGCGUCGCAGGAUGGAAAAACAAAUUGAGCUUCUGAAAUUAAGACUUGGCACAACAACAACCGAACCUUUCCCAGUUCUGUCUGUCACUGAGCGUCAAACUUUCAGCCCUCGCAAAGACCCUACGGGUGUGCAAGUGUUCGACUUUGCCGGUCAGAGAAUCGAACACGAUGAGCCAGAGGGGCCAGAAGAGCCAGAAGAGCCGGAAGAAGAGCCCACAGACGACAUAGAGCCACCCCCAAGCCCAAGCCCACGAUCCAAAGUCCGUGAAUCGCGGCCUGGUCUACGCAGUGCCACUGUGGGCACAUUUAGCUCAAGGCGCCAUCUCCGAAAACUGGCUGCAGAUGACGACGAGGUAACACACUAUUUGAACGAGAUCCUGCCAAAGCCACGCCACGAAUCUCGCCGCGCUGAACUCGACGCCGUUCCGCCGUCCUCGCCUCCUGACCUUUCAGCCUUCAAAUCUCUUAACCGCACCUAUUCCAAGCGACGACUAGGCGAAAACCGUCCGACCCGAGCUCUCAAUCUUCCCGUUGCGGAAGAUACUGGGCUCAGCGCCAGGCCCGCGCCACGAGAGCGCACACAUAUUAAAUCGACCCUCGACUCCAUUUCUGGUCUUCCGUCUCGCAGUCGGUAUACAAACUACACAAUCUCAGCUGGUGACCGAGUUGGCAAGCGGUAUGGCUUAAGUGACACUCAACGAGGAGGCCUCUCCCCCGAACGAAUUGCCGAUGCCCAAGCCCGGCUGAGACUGAAACAACUCAAUAAUAAAUCCAGAGCACUCGGCAAGGAGAACGUGUGA